CCGGCAUCUCCGGGUGCCCGCGCGCCGUGCGCCUCAGGGACCCCCACUGUUGGAGGGGGGACACGGGGGUUAAUUAUCCCCGGACAUUCCUAGUGUACAGCAUGAUCCGCGCGAGGGAAGUGCGGCCCGGGACCCCUCGGGGACAGGGUGCCUAAUCCCCUUCUUGAAGGGACAGAGACUCCGGUCAGCCCCCCGCGUGCCAGAUCUUCGGAGGAGUCUCUAUGCUGACGAGCGUGUUAGCAGUCGGGAUGACUGAUGGAGCCGGGGCCCGGCACCCUUCGCGGCGCCAGGCCGAGGGGAGGCCGGACGUUGGCUUCCCUUUUCACCCCUGAGGAAGUCGGGGCUUUAACCCCGUGCACUGCCAACCCGAGGACCAAAGGAGGGCCACCCAGGUGGGCCUGGCUGCCACUUCCCGGUCUGGUGGCGCCGAAAUGAUGUCAUCUCCACUAGUCUCUACUUCGCAACUUAAGAUCGUCCUUUGAUUAUUGACCAAAACUGAGGAAACUGAGGCCGAGGGAGGGGGCCCGCUUGCCCAGUGAAGUUUCUCCUGAGAGGCGCCAGAGGAGCUGCCUGGAAACGAGGUGCAUGCCUUUGAAUCUGGACCAGGCCAUGUGACUUCCCUUUACCAACAGAAUGAGGUGGAAGCGACCAUGUGCCAUUUCCAAGCUCAGGCUUCCUGACACCUUGCAUGUCUCCUUUUGUACUCCGUGCUUCUGCCAUUGCCAUGAUCAAGACACCACCCAUGUUGGCCCGGUGGUCCCAAGAGGAAGAAAAGAGACUCAUGAAGAGCCAGAUUGCCUCAGCAAAGGUCCACCAAAACCAUCCCCCAGCUGAACUCAGACGGAGUCGUGAGCAUGCUGCGCUUCCUGGUGCCUGUGCCCCGACUGCUCUGCCUCUAUGGCAGGACUGCCCCAUACUCUUCGGCAGCUGCCCUCCCCAGCCCCAUCCGGAAUCCAGACAUCCACUACAACCAGCUGUUCAUCAACAAUGAGUGGCAAGAUGCAGCCAGCAAGAAGACCUUCCCAACAGUGAACCCCACCACAGGAGAGGUCAUUGGCCACGUGGCUGAAGGGGACCGGGCUGAUGUGGAUCGGGCUGUGAAAGCAGCCCGUGAGGCCUUCCGCCUGGGGUCUCCGUGGCGCCGGAUGGAUGCUUCAGAGCGGGGCCGGCUGCUGAACCGCCUGGCUGACCUUGUGGAGCGGGAUCGUGUCUACCUGGCCUCACUGGAGACCUUGGACAAUGGGAAGCCUUUCCAGGAGUCUUAUGUCUUGGACCUGGAUGAGGUCAUCAAAGUAUACCGGUACUUUGCCGGCUGGGCCGACAAGUGGCACGGCAAGACCAUCCCUAUGGAUGGCGAGCAUUUCUGCUUCACCCGGCACGAGCCUGUUGGUGUCUGUGGCCAGAUAAUCCCAUGGAACUUCCCCUUGGUCAUGCAGGGCUGGAAGCUCGCCCCAGCACUUGCCACAGGCAACACUGUGGUCAUGAAGGUGGCAGAGCAGACCCCCCUUUCUGCCCUGUACUUGGCCUCCCUCAUUAAAGAGGCAGGCUUUCCCCCUGGGGUGGUGAACAUCAUCACUGGCUAUGGCCCGACGGCAGGAGCGGCCAUCGCCCAGCACAUGGAUAUUGACAAAGUUGCCUUCACCGGCUCCACUGAGGUGGGCCACCUGAUCCAGAAGGCGGCUGGCGAUUCCAACCUGAAGAGAGUCACCCUGGAGCUGGGCGGGAAGAGCCCCAGCAUCGUGUUGGCCGACGCUGACCUGGGCCAUGCUGUGGAGCAGUGCCACGAAGCCCUAUUCUUCAACAUGGGCCAGUGCUGCUGUGCAGGCUCCCGGACCUUCGUCGAAGAAUCCAUCUACGAUGAGUUUCUCGAGAGAACUGUGGAGAAGGCUAAGCAGAGAAGAGUCGGGAACCCCUUUGAGCUGGACACUCAGCAGGGGCCCCAGGUGGACAAGGAGCAAUUCGAACGAAUCCUGAGCUAUAUCCGGCUUGGCCAGAAGGAGGGGGCAAAACUUCUCUGCGGUGGGGAGCGUUUGGGGGAGCGUGGUUUCUUCAUCAAGCCCACGGUCUUUGGUGGUGUGCAGGAUGACAUGAGGAUCGCCAGAGAGGAGAUCUUUGGGCCUGUGCAGCCCCUGUUUAAAUUCAAGAAGAUGGAGGAGGUGAUCGAGAGGGCCAACAAUACCAGAUAUGGCUUGGCUGCCGCCGUGUUCACUCGGGACCUGGACAAAGCCAUGUACUUCACACAGGCACUCCAGGCUGGCACAGUGUGGGUAAACACCUACAACAUUGUCACCUGCCACACGCCAUUUGGAGGGUUUAAGGAAUCUGGCAAUGGGAGGGAGCUGGGGGAGGACGGGCUAAAGGCCUACACCGAGGUGAAGACAGUUACCAUCAAGAUUCCUCAGAAGAACUCAUAAGAAUGGCCAACACAGAGACCCUCCUCCAGUCCAGGAAUUCCAUAAUCACCUAGACCAGCGGUUGCCAAAUCAUUUUUUAGCCCCAGCCCCCACUUUAUUUGUCCCAAAUGAACUCUUUGAGGGAAGCUCACCAAUAAAGCAAUUGAAAUGAGA